AGUCCUAACAGAACCAGAACCUCGAAGAAAGACAAAACCCUCUCUCAAUUUCGAGCUUAAUCAAUGGCUGCCUCUUGUCUUCUUCUUCCUCUUCUAUACACUCUCUCCUUCUUCUCCCUUUCCUCUUCUCUCUCCCAUGAAACUAUCCUUGACGCAGCCGACAUUCUCUCCGAUUCAGGAUACAGCUCCAUGUCUCUUACUCUCCAAGCCCUUUAUCAAACUCUCCUUUCACAAACUCCUUCUCUCACCAUCUUCGCUCCAUCGGAUUCUUCAUUUAGAAAAUCGGGUCAGCCUUCUCUUGAUAUCCUCCGUUUCCACUUCUCCCCCCUACCGUUGCCUCCACAAAACCUCCGAUUGCUCCCCGCGGGCUCGGAGAUUCCAACGAUGCUGAAUAACCACUCUCUGAUCGUCACCGAGUCGCAUUCCGAUUUCGAGAUUUCGCUUAACUACGUCCAAAUCAUUGGCUCCUCGCCGAUUUAUGAGGAUGGCCUUUUCCUAAUCUACGGAAUCGACAGUUUCUUCGAUCCCAAUUCUCAGUAUACUACAGCAUCUCAGGGACCUAGCCCUAAUCUGUUGUGUGGGUUGAAAAGCCAGACUACGAGUUCCUCCGAUUCGCUCGGUCAAGCCAUGGAAACACUUAGAUCCACAGGGUACUCUGUGACGGCGACGUUUCUUGCUUUGCAAAUGAAUGGAAUCAAGGAUGACGCCACGAUGACCGUUUUUGCUCCUGAAGAUGAAAUGGUGAAGAACCUGCUUGGGAAUUUCAGCGAGUACCCAUCGUUCUUUUUUCGCCAUGUUGUACCGUGUAAGCUUCUCUGGAAUGAUCUGGUGGACUUGGACAACGUGUCGGAGUUACCCACGAUUUUGGAGGGUUUUUCUGUUAACGUCACGAGGUCUGGUGGUGUUUUGGUGCUGAACGGAGUCUCAGUUGUCUUUCCAAAUAUGUUCCACAAUGACAAGCUUGUUGUUCAUGGCGUUAGUGAUGUUCUUGUGGCGCUUUAGACGUCGUAGAAGCUUUCUUUGAUGUGGUAGGCAGAUUUAAAGAUACUCCAUCGUUAUUUCUGAAGUACUUGUUGCUUAUUGGUUUCAAGUUUUCAACUGCUUAACCUCUGGUGGUGCUACCGACUUCUGAUUCAACAAUCGGUUAAUAUUCGAAGGGUUUGACUUUGUUCAUGGAAGUUCUCAUUUUUUUUGUUUUUUUUCUGUAUGUGGCACUGAAAGAGGGAGAGUUAUAUUGCUGAGAGGAAAUAGAUCCUUUACAUUGGAUCAUAUCCACAUGGAUCCUCACCCCAUUUUUGGUUCUCUCUGGUUUUUCUUUAGUGGUAGCUUUCUUAAUUGUUGCUAAUAAAAAAAUCUUG